UUUGAACCACACACAAAAUGAACAAAAAGGUGUCUGUGUCUUCCCCCAACCGCGCGUCACGUGUCUCUAAGCGCUUCUCAUCACACUGUCCGAACAUAGCCGCCAGACAAAAACCCUUCUUCUUGAACUACUUUUCGUACAAUUAAGUCUUUGACACUUUUAGACCGUAACUUAACCACUUCUCGGUCUCAAUAUUAUGCUCUUCAAUUUCUAUGUUUGAGUUUGACUUAUCGAUUCGAUCUCAUCGCAGUCGCUUUAGUUCAUUUUUUUCUAAGCAAGAUGAGCCUUGGUACCAAAAGCUCAUCUUCCAGUGGGUUUGAGAAUACAUCGCCACCAGAGGAUUAUCUAAACAAGAUAAAGGAAGUGAGGACAUUACUAGGGCCAUUGACUGAGAAGUCAUCUGAGUAUUGUUCAGAUGAUGCCAUUACCCGUUAUUUAGCUGCACGUAACGGCCAUGUCAAGAAAGCAGCUAAAAUGCUUAAAGAAACCUUGAAAUGGAGGAUUCAGUACAAACCAGAGGAAAUUCGAUGGGAGGAGAUUGCACGAGAAGCUGAGACCGGUAAAAUAUACCGAUCUAAUUAUACCGACAAAUAUGGAAGACCAGUUUUGGUUAUGAGACCAAGUUGCCAGAAUACAAAAUCUCCUAAAGGGCAGAUUAGAUUCUUGGUAUACUGCAUGGAGAAUGCAAUCAUGAAUCUACCGGAUAACCAAGAACAAAUGGUUUGGCUAAUUGAUUUUCACGGUUUCAACAUGUCGCAUUUAUCCAUCAAAGUGUCUCGAGAAACCGCUCAUGUGUUACAAGAACAUUACCCUGAACGCUUAGGCUUGGCCAUACUAUACAACCCACCUAAGAUUUUUGAACCGUUUUGGAAGAUGGUGAAACCGUUUCUAGAGCCAAAGACUUGCAACAAGGUGAAGUUUGUAUACUCGGAUGAUAACUUGAGCAAGAAGAUUCUUGAGGAUAUUUUCGACAUGGAGCAACUUGAGGUUGCCUUUGGUGGGGAAAACAGUGAUUUGAGUUUCAAUUUUGAGAAGUAUGCUGAGAGAAUGAGAGAGGAUGAUUUGAAGUUCUAUGGAAACACACCAGUGUCUUCAACCUCAGCUCAUUUUACCAACUCUGAUUCUGAGGUUUCAGACACUGAGAUGAAGCGCUUGGAGGACAUACCAGAUGAGAAGAUCAAGAACGGAACCUCUUAACAAGAACCUAGACAUGAAGCCUAGAAUAAAAGAAGCUCCUGGUUUAACUAAAACAUCAACUCUUAUCUUCUUCUUAACCAUUCUUACUAAUAAGCUGGAGAUACACUCUUACAUGUAACGGUGGAUACGCCACAUAUAUAUGAACUCCUAUAUACUUUGCGUUGAUUGUGGAAGUGAUUUAAAUCUAGAUA